UCUCUCAAACGUUGAGUCGCACUCCCCAGUAUCAAUACAUCAUUUCUACCCGAACUCGUGCAGGGAGCGGGUGCACACAUGUGGCACGUUUUACCUGGGGCCGGUCUUCGCGGGGGCAAAAGCUCAUAGGUGGAGUAGAUAUCUCACCCGUUUGCGUCUUAUCUCUCGCACAAACCCAGUCCGGCAAGCUGUAAAGCGUUUCAUGAGACCCGUAGCCCAAGCCACCCGGGUGAUUAGAGCGAAAAGGGGCUUCUACCCGCCUCUGCACUGACGCCUCCUACGGACCGCUGACGUGGGGUGGAGUGUUUGGGAGGCGCGUGUAUGUUUAGUAACAAAGUGAUCCGAGAACAGUCAUACCGGGUGCAGGAGAACCUAACCCGAGUGUUAAAGUUCUGAGGACCACCACCACUACAACCACCACCACCGACACCACCAUAUCAGCUGUGCUCCUCAAAGUUCAUCUUCUCUCAGCCCACUGGACCUCAUCAUAUGUGUCGUCAAGCGAGGAAAACAAAAGGACAGGUGGCGAUAGAAGGAAAGUGAGGUGUGAUAUUUAUUAUGGAGCUCUCAGACGGAUAGAGUGACAUGCUCAAGCGACUUGACCUAUAUGCGCAUUGGGGACACUUCGCAGCAUGGGUGAGACAUGUUGGACAACACAGUCUACAGCAGGCGAUGUAAGACAGUUGUCGACUGGCAACCGUCUGGUCUAGGUGAUUCGUCCGUCCACAAGACACCUGCAGGUGAACACGCCGGUUCCAGAAGCGGCUUUCCCGCUGCCGGGGACUUGGAGUAACCUUUUCCUUCACUUGUAGUGCUUGCCUGUGGCAAAUACAACCUCAGAAUGGGACAGGUAAUUUACAGCUACAGUAUUUCGCCGUCGUGAAACAAGGCUUUGGGAUUAUAAACACAAUUAGCGCUCCCCGAGAUCGAGGUGGCAUGGACAUUUUGUUGCCCAUGAACAGAGCUCACCUAAAAAUUACUUUUGCUUCGUUCUCCUGUUCAGGGAGCAGCAUAAUAGUCAAGAUCCUUUGAAAGAGAUAAUAUUCUAUAUGGUCAUCUAUAUGUUUAAGAGAAAACUGUGUUGUUCUGAAAAAAUAGUCCUUUGCUGGAGCUUGUCAACAGAUAUUUUGUCCUGCAAAGGUGUUUGAUGCUGAGUCAAACAAAAUGUGAGAUAAGGGAUUAUGUUUGUGUUAGGUAUUUUCCAGCAGUGAAUUCAGUCAUGAAAUUCUCAGAAAGUAAUUAUUUAUAAAAAUAAACUUAUCACUGAAGUACAUAAGUGUACAAAGUGUCUACAUGGACAUUUAUUUGUCGCAUUACAAAGCAAACGGAAUAGGUGUGACUAUCAUAGUCACCAAAUCCGACAGGAUAAUAUUUGUGUCCAUUUCUUACAUCAAAUAGUUAAUUAAUACAUUCAUUACUGGUAUCUGAUAUUGACAAUGUCUUCAAACAGUCGACUGUGUACACAGGCAGGCUCCAAGUGAAUCAUCCUUCGUCAUGUUUAUUUUGUAGCUUUUACUUAAAAAGUGCAAAAUAUCAGUGAGAGGAAUACAGGACAAAAGCACCGACAGCAUCAAUGUGAUUCUUGUACACAUCAGACUGUUUCAACCCCAGCUUAUUUAAAAUAACUGAUAAACUAUGUCUAGGAUUCCCCUCGAGAUAAAACAAACUUAAAUACAUCUAUUAAACUGUCGAUGAUCGCCAUAACCAAAGAUGGAUGUAGGAGAGCAAAGAUCCAUCUGAAAGAGCGAACAUGAUGUCAGUGUGGGCCUAGUCCUCAGAAGAAAAGAAAACAUCGGAGGUUUGAGAUCACUUGCACUCUAAGUACGAGGUAACUUCCGCUUCCGCUAGGACCGCACAGAAGCAUUUCUUGCUCUCCAAGAGAAAGAAAGGACAAUCUGCUUACGAGCUUGUCAAACGUGUACGGACCGUUUGCGAACACGACUACCGGAGCUCGUUAUCGACACUCUACCCCCCGGCGACAAGCCUCUGUUGCGACAGUGAGAAGCAAGGCACCGAGUGGCAGUCCCAGGAUUGUUUCUGCUCCAAGAAGAAAAGGAAGCGACCAUGCCGACCCCGGCGAAACGGGCCAGACGGGAGGGAAGCGUUGAGACAGACCGCGAGUCCUCCUCGGAGGACACGACAUCCCCGGGGGCCGACCGUGCGAUCGGUCAUGCGGCGAGUCGACGCUCCACUGGAAAGAUUGACCACGACACAGAUGACAACAGCGCAGCCUUCUCGGACGAAGAGAGCGGUGGAGAAGAAGAUGGUCACCUUGCGGGUAACGGAUCGGCGUCCGAAGAUGUCCAGCAACAGCAGCAGCAACAACAACAGCAUCAGCAGCAGAAGAAGACUGUGGCGCAGAUCAUGCGAGAUAAGAAAAAGCAGACGCAGCUAACGCUCCAAUGGCUGGAGGAAAACUACUGCAUCUGCGAGGGAGUGUGUUUGCCGCGCUGCAUUCUCUACGCCCAUUACCUGGAUUUCUGCAGACGAGAGUCGCUGGAGCCCGCAUGCGCAGCCACCUUUGGAAAGACGAUCCGGCAGAAGUUUCCGCACUUGACAACCCGGCGCCUGGGCACUCGUGGACACUCCAAGUACCACUACUACGGAAUAGGAAUACGGGAAACCAGUCAGUACUACCAUUCUGUCUACUCUGGCAAAGGACUGACCAGAUUCUCGGGAUGCAAGCUCAAGAAUGAGGGAGGAUUUACUCGGAAGUAUUCCCUGAGCUCCAAGACCGGAACCCUUCUGCCGGACUUUCCUAACGCCCGUUACCUGAUCCUGCCGGACUCGAUGUCAAGGGAAAAGGUGGAGACAUUCAUCAUGAUGUACAAAACCCACUGCCAGUGCAUCUUGGACACCGCCAUCAACGGGAACUUUGAAGAGAUUCAGAACUUUCUGCUCCACUUUUGGCAAGGACUACCCGACCAUCUGCUGCCAUUAAUAGAGAACAGCGUGUUGGUGGACAUCAUCUGUGUCUGCGACUCCAUUCUCUACAAGGUCCUCACUGAGGUUCUGAUCCCAGCAACAAUGCAGGAGAUGCCAGAGACGCUUCUGUGUGACAUCCGCAACUUUGCCAAGCACUGGGAGAGCUGGGUGGCAUCAGCUCUGGAGAACCUUCCCGACUCUCUUGCCAGCGGGAAACUUCCGGUCGCAAGGCGCUUUGCGCAGGCGUUAAAGCGGCAAACUUCCUUUUUGCACUUGGCACAGACUGCACGCCCAGUCCUGUACGAUGCUCAGAUGGUGAACUCCAUGAUUGCCGACAUUGAUCGAAUAGACUUGCCGUGCAUCGAGUCCCAGCCCUUCAUCAAGGAUGGAGUUUCUGAUGGAGAGCUGAACGCCGAGUUUCUCCGAGAAUUUAAAGAGCUGCUGAGAAAACAAGCCACUGUGGAAGCCUUCACUGAGUGGCUAGACUUGGUGGUGGAACAAAAAGUGAUCAAGCCAAGUAAACAAAAUGGACGGUCCUUCAAGAAGCGUGCCCAGGAGUAUCUGCUGAAGUGGUCCUUCUUCGGAGCUCGUGUCAUGCACAACCUGACUUUGAACAACGCUCAGAGUUUCGGCUCGUUUCACCUGAUCCGCAUGCUGCUGGACGAGUACGUGCUGCUGGCGGUGGAGAGUCAGCUGCACUCGGAGAAGGAGCAGGAGCUGCAAGCGGUUCUCGAGAAACACAUGAAGCCAGACGACACAGGGUCGAAGCCAACAUUGCAGCAGCCUGCCAGCACGUGCUUUGUAGCCACGCAGAACAGAGCGCCCUCUCGCAGCGGAAGUGCGCUCAAGCGGGAGCACUACAACGAUGUCCCCACUAACGGGCCCUUCACACCUGUGCAGUACAAUGGGAGGGACUCGUACGGCGUCUCUCCGCAGCUCCCUCUAGGACAGACCAUGUCUGGAGCUCCGAUGCUGACGCCCCCGAUCUCACCCAUCGUACCCAAUCCUAUCAACCCACGAAAUACUGUCAUCAGCCAGGCGCCUAUCGCCUCCUACGGACCGCCCACACAGCCUCCCAUGCUUUCUUCUACAUUUCCUUACUUAGGUCAGCAAGCAGACUACAGCCAUCAUGGCUAUCUCAGCAACUAUCCUCAUUCCCAUCACACCAGUGCUUUCCGGUCGCAUGCCAGCGCCCCCUACUCCGGAAGCUACGGCAUGAAAAAUGAUCUCGACUCGUUUCCUUACCCUGAGCAGCCUUUUGCCCCAGACCCGUACUCGUACCCGACGUACAUGAGUCAGACAGGGGGCUACCCGACUUCAACCGUGAGUCUGUCCAGUGCGGGUACAUCGGGUAGCGCCUUCAACGUGGUGCAGAGCGCAGCCAGCAGCUUCUCCACCCACCAUUCCUACCAGAGCAGUGAUUACUAUGGAAACGCCGGUUUUCCACAACCGCCCAAACCGUUGGUGGAGCACGUGCCUGUCAUCCAGCAAAGGUCAUCUGGUCCCUCCCACCAUCCCCACCCACACCACGGCGUUACCCACGCUCACCUCCACCACCCUGCCCAUCAGUACCCGGAGGUGAACGAUCCGCUGAAUUUACUUGACCGGCCACACAGGUCGAAUGGUGUGGGUAUGGGGAUGACCAGCACAGCAGGAACGUCUGCAACAUGCCACAGUCCACCACACUCAGUUCACCAGCAUGGAUCUCUAGGAGAGGAUCUUUUGUCUAUGGAUGUUGCACAAAUGAUGGGAGCUGACCCCGAUUUGACCUCCGCUUACGUGGAUCCACGACCUUUGCCCUCAAUUAACACUGUAUUCAUGUCAUAGCAUUGCAGUGGCCUUGCACUUCACCAAAACUUUAUUGUUUUGUUGUUUGGGCUUACGACUAAGCGUGUGCUUGUUUAUUAUUCUUCAAGUUUGCAUUUGGAUGUAUAUUUAUUCUUUGCUUGCUUCCUUUAUGCUCUUCGGACUUUCUUCAACUUCCCGCCUUUCAGCUCGAGUGAGAAUUUCUCAGAUUUAGUGUUUUUUUAAUUAAAGGAGCAGUACAGUUCAAACACUUGUCCUUGUGCACAAAGACCACGUGUUGCAUGUUUCUGGUUUCAUGUUCUGAUAAUUUAGUCCUCUCACCACUGAAACAUUUAUUCUGGUUUUGUUUGUUGUUUGUUAUCUUGACAUUAUCCUUAAAGAGUUAAAGACUUUUUGAUGAUUUAAUUAAUUGCUUUCAUUAAGAGAAACUAAUUAUUAUUAUUUCUUUUUAUUGCAUUCCAAAAAAACAACUCGUUAAUCAGUGUGUGCAAAAUAUAUGUGCGAUGAUGAUAAUAAUAAUAAUAAUAAUAAUAAUUGUAUAGUGCCUGUCUCCAUCAGGACUCACAACCCAUUACAGUAAUACAAGUGUUAGUGUGGAUGUACUUACAUGCAAUUAAUUGUGAGUAUCGGUUAGGAAGGAACACUAUUAGUCAUGUGGACAGAUGAGGAAGAAGUGCAGAUGCAUGCAAAUGAGCGCGUGUGUGUGUUUUUAAGAGAGUAAAUGGAUUUUUAUGUAAUCAAAUACUUUCUUACAUAUGACAAUACUUUUUAAAUAAAUGAAAUUGUUAAAGUAUGGCCUUAGAAAGCCUAACCCUUGGAUUCGUUCAGCAUGAGUAGACAGCCAUUAGAAACAAAUGAAUUGCGAAGUCACAGAUAGAGAAGGUGGUGUGGACAUAGUGUGUCAGAGUCACAAGACUCCCUAGUGUCAUGGACGUAGCCAGGCCCACGUGAACAGGACGUGAAUAGUGUAAAUACGUUGUUGUGUGUUUGUUUAGCUAAACUAACGGACGUAGUGUAAAUAAACCCUCGCAUGUACCCCACUAGCUAAUUACACCCUUUUUGCUUGGCGACUAACUUUUCAGUUUCCUUGUGAACUUUGACUUUAGUUGAUUGUGUUGGCUUUAGAUUGUUUAUUCUUUGUCAUCUCCAGGAGACACAUAGCUGCUGAUGUUGUACUGUACCAUUCGACAGUAUUUAGGUUGAGCUGGUUGAGAUCUGGUAUUAAGUACAACUGUAUGUGUACAGCAAUAAUCCUGUUUGCCGUUACUUGUGUGGUGUUCUUAUUUCAUGUAAACCUGCAACUUUCCACUGGACAUUGCCUUUGAUGUGUUACGACAACACUCGUUGUGAGAGUGUCCUGAUAAACAGGAUGGACAGAAACAAUAUUUGUGUGUGGUCUAACACGAAAGUGCAAUUUUUAUAGAUGCGUAUGUAAAUAAUUUGCUCUUGAUUAUUUUUACUAAGUACUGUUAAUUACAUAACUGAUGUAUAAAGUAAUGUUUUCUUUUGUGUGUGCAUGUGUGUGCGCGUGUGUAUAUAUAUAUUUCAUUUUUGAGAAAUAGGAGCCAAUGUAAGUUUUAUGAAAUGAAAUACCUUUUUCUAAAAUACCUGGCAAUGAAGAGUUUACAAAUUAUGUCUCCCGCUAUGCACUCGUUGACAUGUCACCAAGACACUGAAUACCAUUGAACUUUGAUUCACAUCUUGUCUUUGGAACAAGAACUUUUUCUAGAUGUGGAAUUUGUGACUGUGACUGAUUGUGAUAUACCAACGGUUAGUGAAAAAAUUGAUGAGAUUUCCUCAUUAAAAAUAUAAUAAUAAAAGUUAUCAGAAUGAACAUUGGAAAUUAAAUGCUUGCAGUCUUAGUUCUUGAUGACUGUAGAAAAAGUCAACAAAGUCAGAACCACCCGAUUCUAGUAUUUUUGCGAGGUAUAGAAAAAAUAGCUUAUUUAUCAGAACAUAAAUUAAGUCCUACAAAGAGAGAUAAGUGCAGUAUGCUUAAAUGUGUUUUUUUUCUCCAGAACAUUGAUAACAGAGAAAUCAGUUGUUCACAGAUUCAAAGGGAAGUGACGUGCAGAAUUUCAUUUAUGUAUUAUAACAUUUUUCAAAUGUUUGUCAAUCCUUGAUUACAAUAAAAGUGUGCAGUAUUUGUGUCACAUGCUUCACGUGCAUCCUUAGCAAUUUGUUUUGCAAUGUGUGGACAAAAAAAAAAUCAUUGUAUUUUUAAAGCAAGAGUUAUCUCUCUGCCAGACAGAAGAAAUGAGAUUAGGAAAUUGCUUUUAACGGGUUUCAUCAUCCUCACAGAGAGUUUAGAGAGAACAAACUUGAGUAUUGGUCAGUAAUGAGAAAGAAAAGAUGAUUUCAGCAAAUGCUAUUUCCUGAAACCUUGAUGACAUCCUUUGAGCACGUUUUUCAUUGACUUUGGAAGGAAGAGCAAACAAAUGAAUGAAAAAAACUCCCUUUGAUAGCCCUCCAUUGAUCCCCUGUUUGUACAGACUGGAGUUAAUUGUUAUACGAACAUGGGAGGUAAAACUACACAUGGUUCUUGCGAUCUGUUGGUUCUGCAGUUUUCUCUUCCACGCCAUGUAUUUAAUUAGUAUCCAUGCAAAUGUCUGGAUAUUUUUGUAUUUCUUUUGUUUGCAAGGUUUGUUUAGUUUCCUUUCCGAGAAUGGGCAAGCUCGCAAUCAAUUCUUCAGAUUUUUUAAUGUUUUCUCUUUUCUUUCGCUCCGCACGCUCCACUGUUUGUUCAUGAUGUGCACUUUUAAAAAUAUUGUUUAUUAAUGUUUGUAUAUUUACUUUUGUAGAAGUGCGUGUUCAUGAUUCACUAACCGUGUGUAUGUUUAUACACACUUACAUCAGAGAUGCAGUGUGCAGAUAGUCGUUGUUGUCUGUAUGUUUUCUCGACCAUGUGUAGGCGUGUAAGUGUGUGUGUUUGUCUGUGUGUUUGUCUGUGUGUGCGUGUGUGAAAAUGUUGUAUAAUCGUGUGCAUUGACUCCGUUCGUUGGCGUAAAAGCAUUUUUACUGACUCAUAAACAUGUUUUUCCACUUACACUUAAAAUACUGCCUUCAUUCUUUUUGUUUCUGAAACUAAAGAGUCUUGAUUGUAAAGUAGUCAAGCUUUUAACAUGUUAUAAUGGGUCCUGUAAAAUCCUCCCCUCUGUAUUAAACGAACUUAACAAUGCGAUUUUUUUCAAAGAAAAAAAUUACUGUUAGUCCUGAAAUAUUUGCUGUAAGUGUUGAGCGGCUACCUGUCUUUUUAAUUUUUGAGCAGGUACACCUAGACGAAUGAACAGAUUGGACCUAACUGGCACAAAACAGGAAUUUAGCUUGAGAGCAAUGACAGUAUUUUUUUCUGGAUUGUGAAAUGUCUCUAGAGAUGCAUGAGCAAGUGGUUCAGUGGUACAAGAAUCGAUUUAUACAGUCGUGUGAUAAUGCUAUGUAUUGAGGAAAUUGCAAUAAACGAGUUGUGUGGCUA